CCCACUGCAGUCAAGGUCAGUGAUUUCAUACGCGGAACUGAAUAACUGCAUUCUCUGGCAUUGUUCGUCCUUGACGUUGCGGUCUCCGUUAUCGUAGGACAAUUUUCCAGAUUUUUCAUUAUUCCGUUGAUGUCUGCGAAGUUGAGAGUAAAUGAGCACUGAGAAAAUCCGAGAGAUCUUGCAUUGAGUUGUCAACUACAUGUGGAGAUCUCAUUUGAAAUAUUUCAGUAACAGACGCUUACACGCGGUUGAGAAAAAUCGAACGUGACCUCAUGUAAUGGACGAAAAAUAGGGAACCAAUGGAGGCCAUAGCAAGUCUAAUCGCUGUACUUAUCUCCCCCCGAUCAAUAAUGCAGUCCAGUACCAUAUGUCCAGCAAUCAUGGGAUUGUGCAAAUUGACUGGGUGUUUGCGAAUUAAAUCCUUAAGUUACCCUGCCAUUAAAUCGGUUGCCAGAAAGAGAUAUAUAACAAGUGUGAUCAUCGCUUUAAUUAUACUGCUUUUCGCUGAGAAAUAUCAUUAGACAACAACGUCGCGACGUGAGUUGGCGCGUCUUAUUCAAUGUUAUAAAUACAAACACUCAAGAGAGCACAAACGGCCGAUAAAUCAGAAAUUUGGAGAAGCCAGAGAGAAUCAUUCCGACAGAGGUGGCUCAGCAGGCCUCCGCAAUGAAGGGCACAAAAAGGGACUGGCUUUUUAGAGUGCAGGUAUCAGGCCUAGCAAAAAAUGAAUUCGUCUACGUAGUGGGAAACCUUCCUGAACUAGGCGCCUGGAAUCACAAUCAAGCCAUUCAACUGCACCAGGAGACGUCGGGCGAUUCCCCAGGGCACUCCACAGCCUUCGAGGGGAACCAGUCGGACGAGCUCUUCAACGAAGACGGCAACAGUGCCUCAGAGUUGAGAUUCGACGAAACCGAAGAGGGCAGGAUCUUCUCAACAAAAAUAUCUCUUCCAACAGACGCUGAAGUUCAAUUUCGUUAUUUCAUCGCUGUCGUCUGUCAGUCCAAUGGAACCAAAAAUUCAGCAAAGACCUUGAUAAUUCGUAAAUGGGAGACACACAUGCAGCCCCGAAACAUAAAGAAAAAUACUUCCAGUAAUUUUACUGAGGACUCAGUUCCCGAACCUGAAAAAUUUGGAUAUCACAAUGGUUACUGCAAGAUUGAACGAGGGUGGUUGACAGACGAAACUGUCAUUCAGUUCAAACUCUUCAAUAAUCCGAUUAAAUUGUGGAAAAACAGACUGCAAAAUAAAAAAUUGUAUAUUAAGAUGACACCUGUUAAUCUAGUCAGGCACAGCUCUGUCGAGAUGCCACAGUUUGCUGGUGAAUGUGUGGAGGACAGUCUGUCAAUGGACACACAGGAUAUCGUCGAUCAACCCGCUUUCAGUAUUACAGAGAUUAGUGUAAUGAAUGAUGAAGAAGCAACCUUCAGGUACCAGCAGCAGUUCGGUCGCCCCUACGAAGAAGAUGAGACUGUGAUCUUCAGUGUGGCUGUACGAUACCCAGACACAAUCGCGUAUCUAGUGGACUUCUAUGUUUACACGUCAAGGGUUUAUCCUGGGGACUCACCGCCAACUCAUAUUGGGUUUAGCUACAUUCUUCCCAGCACUCUCCAAGCAAGUGUAGGAAUGCUGACGGUGCCUAUCACUAGUACCAAGCACAGGCCAAUUGGGCAAUUGACUGUGGAGUACGUAGCUAUUAAAGCGAUUGCCGAUUAUCCCUGGGACAUGAGUAUCUCGUACGCCAAACACUGGGAACAAAGAUGGUCAGGGCUGGACGUUGGCCAUAGGGGAUUGGGUACAUCGUUUAAAUGUGAAAUGAAGAACUGUGCUAAUGUCAGGGAAAAUACAAUGGCUUCGUUGAAAACAGCUGCUGAUCACGGUGCGGAUAUGGUAGAAUUCGAUGUACAAUUAUCGAAGGACAUGAUACCCGUCAUCUAUCACGACUUCCACGUUUCCAUUUCCUUAAAACGUAAAAAGCAAAUCGAUGCAAUGGAUAUGCUUGAAAUACCGGUGAAGGACCUCACAUUAGAGCAGUUGCAUCUUCUAAAAGAUAUUAGUUACCCUGAUGACUCGAUGGGUAAGGUGCUGCAUCACUUUGAUAACGAUGAGCAAAGGGUUAAACUGGUUUAUCAUCUAGCGGAGGCACGAGAGAAGAAUCCAAGGUUCUUCGACGAGGAUCUCGAGGACCAUCAGCCGUUCCCUACCCUUCAGGCUGUUCUCCAGGAGCUGGACAUGCAUGUUGGAUGUAAUAUCGAGAUCAAGUGGACGAUGCAGCUGAAGGACGGUACAUUCGAGUUGAACCACCCCUUCGACCUGAACACCUACCUCGACAUAAUCCUCAAAGUGACUCUAGAUCAUGGAGGAGACAGGAAGAUCGUCUUCUCCUCCUUCAAUCCCGACAUCUGCGCGAUGAUUCGCCUCAAGCAGAACAAAUACCCAGUGGUCUUCCUCACUCAGGGGAUAACCAUGAAGUACCCCACGUACCACGAUCCCAGAUGCCAGACAAUCCCUAUGGCGAUGCUUCACGCAAUAUCCGCUGACAUUCUCGGUAUAAAUGUCCACACCGAGGACAUUCUCCGAGACCCCUCUCACGUUCAGAUUGUCAGGGACCGAGGGCUCAUUAUCUUCUGCUGGGGUGACGACAACAACGAUAAAGCUACCAUUCAACACCUCAAGAAGCUCGGUCUCCAUGCUGUCAUUUACGAUAAAAUAGACGAGUACAAUCAGAAGGAGGUGAAGGAGUCGAUUUUCUUGGUGGACGCCAGGGAGAAUCAGAAGGCACUCAUUGCUCUCGCUCAGUGCGUCGACAACCAGUCCCUACCACCUCCUGACAAUAUGGACAAUGUCGGUAAUUAUGACAACCCGAUAAUUCUAAGUCCGAAGAUUGGAAAUAUCUCGUCGCCUUCACUCGCUGAGGCCAGCAUGUUCCCCAGGCUUGAACUGUCACCUGGGGAGAAGAUCUCAGGAAACGAGUCGGAUGAGGGCGAGAUCAGGAGUUUGGCCAAAGAUUUUAGCGAGUGUGCCAACUCUUUUGGACGACUUGGUGAGGGAGGGGGUGGCAGUGUGACGUGUGGAGAUAAUCAGGAUAAGGAUUGCCUUUGAUGACGAGGAUUCAGAGAACUGAUGGCUUGUUUUUAUCGGAGGGCUAGAGGUGAGGAGGCGGUUUAAAAAUUUAUAAUUUUUUCGUUGUAAUUGAUACAAUCAUUUUCUUGAUAUGUUCAGGCGUAGAAAUGAUACAUCUUAUAAAAAUUAGUUGAAAGUUUCUAUCUGACUUUAGUCACUUCACUUCCUAGUUAAUGGAUUCUAGAAGAAGUAAUUUUUGCAUUCAUGAGAGAGAGUAUUUAAUAAUUGCAGCAAAGAUCAAGUCUCCGAACGCUAAUUUGAUAAUUUCGAAAAUUGACUCCUCACCCUAGCCUGCAAACUAAUUAAAUAAAUUAAAAAGAUAAUUGUUUUAAGAAAACUCCUAAAUUUACCACUUUAGAGUCUGCGUUAAACUGUCCAGGAUAAUAAUUAUUGUGAAUACAGAGGUUAAUGAUAACAUUAUGAGAGUUUAGUACAAAAAUAUUUCUAUACACCUUCUAUUAUUAUUCAUCAUCCCUCGGUGUUUUUCUGGCUCUUAAUUGACUAAUAAUUUCGAGAAGAAUUCACGAGAAAGACCAUUAUCGACGGAAGUUUCGUCACACUAACAAACAUGUAUUUUUCUAAAGGAAUGAACAAACACUGGUAUUUUAUUUAAAUGAACAUUUUUCCGGUGUUUGAUGAAAUAGAACUCGCGAUUGACAGCUUCCGUGUAAUCAAUUAUCCAACAUGAGUGGUUUAGAAACCUAUUUUUAUUGUUCAUGCACGUGAAUUGUCCCAGCAAUCAAUGUUUUGAAUGAAAUAGAAAUGAUUUUAACGGCAAAAAGUAUGAAUCUAUUCUAGACAUUUAUUUAUUUUUAUUUUUCAAACUGAGUUUUAGUUUAGAGCUAUUAAUAAUUUUAAUAUUAUAAUUUAUUUUUAUCAAUGGAAAAAAAAAUUACGAUCUAGAGAUUUAAUUUAAACAAAUGAUUUUCUUGGUACCCGAAUUAUCUUAUGACAUUUUCUUAAUUAAUUUUCUCAUCUAAUAUUUUUAAUCGAUGAUGCCGAUAAUUUGGCAGAAGCCUAUCUUCGAUAAUUUUACAAUCCUCAAGGAUAAUUCUGUAGUGAAGUGGCAAAAACAGAUGAAUUUAUAAUUUACAUUCAAUUAUUUCGGAAAUAUCUGAGGAAUAUCUCCAUUUACAAGAAAAAAUGUCAGUCACCAAUUUAAUUGUGUACUAAAAUAUGUUCCUUGACAUAUUCUCGGAAACCUGUUCUACUCCGAGGUAUUCGCGAAAUAAACAAAUAUAUAUGCGUUGAAUAAUUCAAGGACUCUUCUCUCAAGAGGCAUCUCUGAAUUUUUACCACUUCAUUAGUCCAAUCAUGGAAAUAAUCCCGUAAAACUGACUGCAUUCGUUGCUGGAUUUGUUCGUUGGAAGUGUGACGAGUAUCAAUAAUCACUAAUGAGCGAAGGAAUGAUGAAAAUAUUGCUUGAACUUCGUUCAUUCCGUUGAAAAAAGAUUAUUGUAAUUUAGAUUGAUAUUGAAAACAGUUAAUCAACUGCUGAUCAUAAUGUAAUCAAUGUUUUUUUAAAGUGUACCCAUUAGUGCUGAAUUUAUAGCUCCUGAUGAAUCAUGGAUUAAGGAGAUUGAAUAAAUUCAUACGUUCAAUUUGUAUAAUUACAUUUUUUUAUUCAACGAUUUUUGUUGUACAUCCUCGCUCUCAGAAAUCUUUUCUCGGAAAAUCCUGUGAGUAUUAUAUCCAUCAACAAUCUUAAUUAACAAUGAUUUGAGUAAUAUCAACAUUGACUCAUUUUUCUUCAUUAUGAUUAUCCAUUGAUUAAAUAAAAUGCUAAUAAUUUAGGUAAGUUGAAUGAAGAACAAAGCUAUGAAUGAUAAUUAGCCCAUUUUUCCAUUAGUCUUAUAUUUUUCCUUGAAUUCCCAAAUUAUUGGCGCAAGGAAAAUUUUGGUAAUUAUGUGAUCACCUGAAUAACGAUUGACAUUGCCACUGAAAAGUGAAACAAACGAUCAAUGUCCACAAAAUUAUAUGGACUUCUCAUAAACAUAGAUUGAAACCAUUCACAUUCGAUAUGGACUUAAUUAGCCCACGAGUUCUAUAGUCAUUGAAUUCACAGAUUCGCGGUAUUCAAUUGAUAGUUGAAGUUUGAUUGAAAAAAUACAAAAAAAAGUAAUUGAUCCCAACAAAAGCGUUAAUCACUCUUGUGGUUUACUUCUUGACAAUUGAAACUGAACUAAGAACAAAAAAAGUUAAUAGAAAGACCAAAAACAUUCUCCAAGUAAAGAAAUCCGAUUCUAUUGACAAAAAUAGAUGAUUUCAUAGAGAUAACAUAGAAUUUCCUUGCGAAGUCGUCAGGUUUUUCUAUACGUGAAUUAUCUUCUGUGAGAACGUUUUAGACGAUGUCGAGGGUCGUCCACAUUGGGACAAGGUUCCUCCAGGAUUUCGUAGCUCCACAGCCCACACGUUUUGCAGAAUGGAAUCCUCCAGUAUGUCACUGGACAAUGUCGGAACUUGUGGCCAAACCCAUGACACUUGAAGCACCACCAGGGAUUGUACUUCCUGGGUGGACCUGAGCAAAGGAAUUGACAACUACAGUAACUACUCACAUACAAAAUUUUAUUUAUCCCACAAUCUCCCGAAUGGUGGCUCUUCUAGGAACACCAUAACAUUCCAGAAUCUCAUUCAAAAGACGACGCACUGAUAGCUGACAGCCAAUGAGGUGUAAUCCCCAAGCUUUUGCCGAUGUAUUCCUACCUGGAGGUCGACGCUUCUGAGACGAAACCUCUACAGUGUCCACCUCCUCUCCAAACUCAUCAUCAGUGACGUUGGGUGUUGAUGGUGGUGUUGGGAAUGACGCAGUUGCAAUCAUUUCCCUCGAGCUUUUUUCAAGAAUCUGAAGCACCUGCUCCAUAAGUUCCUCCUCUUCUUGUUCCUCCGGGUAGAGGAGACUUGUCUUGGAGGGCGUAGUCUGCCUGCUGGUAGGACAAUGGUCACUAGACCCGCCACGUCGGGGAGUCAUUUUGAUUCACGAAUUUAUCCAAUCGGUGGAUAAUGGUGUGGGAAAAACAGUUCACGCAAUUUUAUUCUCUGAUCUCAAUCGAUCGAUGAACUGGGAACUCCACAACGGGCGUAUGAGCUACUGAAUUACACUGGUUGAAAUGAAAAUCAAUGAUCGUCUCUAAGAAUGUCCUUUUCAUGCAGAAAUUUCUCUUCUAUCGCCAGGGGGUAUUUACAACAGGACGACAGGAGAGGGAACAUGUUUAUCUCGAAUUCUAGUGGGGUAGUUUUACGAUGGGAUUUGGAAAUCGAUAAUAAGCCCUCAUGAACAGAACAAUGAAUUCAGACCUUGAUGAUUAGAAUCCCAAAUAAGUCUCGAACGACCCGAAGCAAUCAGUGUGUCAACAAAUUGCUGAUGACCGGUUGAAGUUUGAGUAACACUGACAAAAAUGGCCGAAGGAAGAAGAUCGUCAAGGCAGCACUGUCCAUUUGACCCCUCUGUCUAUUGCCCCUGGGAUUGACUCAGUACAAUGUUUUCUAUUUGGAUACGAUUUUUCAAAAUAUAUUACUUUGUAUUUCACUUCAAUUAGAAAAGGAAUCACUCUCUGGUGUCCCUGUUCACAACACAAAGGAAUUUCGUCUUCGGGUGUAAACAUAGCUCUCGUCCCCCUUCAACGGCUCGCAACUAUUUCGCAGUCGGCGUUUUGGACAUAGAUCGAUUACACAUAGAGAUUUUUUUUAACAAAACCAAAUUCACAGGGAUAUAAUCGAUCAUGCCGAAGUGUAAAUCAGUUUGUUCUUGUGUGCUUGAGCUGACCGUCCACAAGUAUAGGACGAACCUGACAAUUAAGAACCCUCAAUCGAACGCCGUGCCUCUCGUCGCUCCAAUGGAAGUGGUUGUGAAUUACAUGCAGUCGACGUCUGUUCAAUUGGACUUUCGACUGCUCGCGCAGGAACCUUUUGUAUCCGUUUCAACGCUCUACCAGCGGGACGCCACCCCUAAUCUUCACGUCACCAGUCGAGGCCAUGAACCGAAUGUCACAGAGGUUCCCGAAGAUAGCAUUACGCCGAAGGUGAUGUUCGCCUUCGAAAGUAAGGGAAUUUCGUCCUCGUCUAGCACAGGAAGUAUAUUCAGCCAUGACUCACAACGGGAUAGACACUCGAAGCACAUUAUUCGAUUUUCAAUACAGCAAACCCACGGGGCGUCCGCUCUGACUGGUAGGAUGACUUAUGACGAUCACAUAUUGACGGUAAUAAAUGCGCUGCCAGUGUUCCUUUACGACCAAUACCGGUACAUGUCACCAGGCAUCAAAAUUUCGACACACGACUACCUGGAUCGCGAAACAACAGUUCUCCACAGGAUUCCAUACCCUAACUUCCGACUUUGUGCUAACUGAGAAUAUUUUCUUACUAUUGAUCGCAAAUUGCCAAUAGUCAGGUUUUGACGACUGUAGAACUCCUGCAUAAUUCUUAAAAGUUUUUUUUUUAUAAAUUCUAUAACAUUUCUAUAGGAACCUCAUAUCCAUAGUCUGAUUUUUUGCUUCUAUUUUGGUUGUAUAAGUGCACAAAUCUGGAUAUGCAUUUUAUGAUACAGAAAGCUGGGCUAAGGACCCCUUUUUUAACGAACAUUUUUAGACAGAAUAAGUUAUAGAUCUGAUGUUAAUAUUUUUACUAAUUUAUUUGUUAUGUGCUUGUGAUAAAAUCAUUCUGUCCAUGAAACAAUAUUUUUAUAAAAUAAAUUAUCCGGCAAUUUUA